GCUGCUGCCUGUAGGGGCGCGCUUCUGGAUCUAAGUCGGAUUUCAGAAGAGCCACACACGUCUUUCCCGAACUGAGCCAGCAAUCAUCGAAUUUCCACGAAAAUGGACGCGGGAUUUUUCCGCGGCACCAGUGCAGAACAAGACAACCGCUUCAGCAACAAGCAGAAGAAACUCCUAAAACAACUCAAAUUUGCAGAAUGUCUGGACAAGAAGGUGGAUAUGACCAAAGUGAACCUGGAAGUCAUCAAACCUUGGAUUACUCAACGAGUUACAGAGAUUCUGGGUUUUGAGGACGAUGUCGUCAUAGAGUUCAUAUUUAACCAGCUUGAGGAGAAGCAUCCAGAUAGCAAGAUGAUGCAGAUCAACCUGACGGGCUUCCUGAAUGGAAAAAAUGCUCGGGAGUUCAUGAAGGACUUGUGGCCCCUGCUACUCAGUGCCCAGGAGAACAUUGCUGGUAUUCCAUCUGCCUUCCUUGAACAAAAGAAAGAAGAAAUCAAACAAAGACAGAUUGAACAGGAGAAGCUUGCUUCUUUGAAGCGGGUGGAUGACGAUAGAAAAGACAAGGACAGAGAGCGAGCACAGUCAAAGAGCCCAAGAAGGCGGAAAACGAGGUCACCAACACCAAGACGCAGAUCGCCGUCGCCAAGGCGCAGGUCACCAGUGAAAAGGGAGAGAAAGCGCAGCCCUUCACGCUCGCCAAGACGCAAAUCCAGUCCACCUGUUGUGAGCUCAUCCCCUCCUUCCUUGAUGCAGCUGCCCACAAAACCUGUGGAGGAGCCCGUGGUGCCAGACGCAUCAGCAACAGCUGCACCCGAAGCAAUUGUCCAAGAAACUACUGCCUGUGAAGUGGUUAUGGAGGUGGUGAAAGGAGACUCAGUCACCAAAGUUAAAGAUCCUUCUCCAGACAAGAGUCAUAAAAAGGAGGAACAGCAGAAGUCCCGGGAAAAAGAGAAGGACAGCAGGAGGGAAAAACCUCAUCGCCGCUCCCGUUCUCAUUCACGCACUCGUAGACGGCGUUCUCGAUCAAGGUCUUACUCCCCUCGUAGAAGACAGAGUCCCAGGAGAAGAAUGUCUCCUCGUCGAAGGAGCCCCCCCAGACGUGGAGGUGCCAGCUACAGACACAGACACAGACGAUCUCCUGUUCGCAGGCGGCGCUCUCGCUCUCCAUCAUCCUCUGGCAGCAGCUCAUCACGCUCUCGCUCACCUAAGAAAAUAAUGAAAAGAUUCUCCAGUCCACCUCCCAGAAAACAGGCCCAUCGUCCAGAAACAUCUAUGAGCCCAUUAGGGAAAGACAAACGGUCACCAUCGCCACGGACCAGAAGGGGUCGGCCCUCUCUAACCCCACCCAGAUCAUCCGGUUUGAAACAAAAAGUGGUACGGAAUGAUUCUCCACCUGAAGAUGUCAAGCCCAGUCCCUCUGAAGGCUCUGAGUCAGAGGAGGACAAAAAUGAAAAAGGAGCAACAACAGAUUCUGUGCAACAGCGCCGUCAGUACCGUAGGCAGAAUCAGCAGUCCUCUUCAGAUUCAGGAUCUUCCUCCUCAGAGGAUGAGGCGCCAAAGAGACCAACAACAGGUCCAAGCGCCAGAAAUGGUGAUGUUAGAAGGCGGCGAAGCCGUACGCCAUCCCCACGGAGGCGACAUCGGGACUUUUCUCCAAGGAAGAGGCGUUCUCCUUCUCCUGGGGCACGCAGACGUCGCUCGCCCUCUCCCCAAUGCCGGCGCCGAUCUCCCUCUCCCCAACGCCGCAGGUCUCCUUCUCCACCUCUUCGUCGCCGUUCUCCAUCACCCAGGCGAUACUCUCCUCCUAUCCAGCGUCGCUACAGCCCCUCUCCUUUACCCCCUCAUAAGAGGAAGAUGUCAAGCUCGCCCAUAAAGCGCCAGUCUCCAGGCGCUAAGCGGCGCACCUCCAGGUCCCCCAAGCGCAGGAGUUCUCCUCCAAAGAGACGGUCAUCCCCUUCGUCCACGUCUCCACCCAGACACAGAAGGAGCCCCGUAUUACCGUCUGUGAGGCCGAGCAGGGACACACGAUCUCCAGCUACGGUGCCCAGUCGUCGUUCCCCGUCCCCCGCAAACCGUAGUCGUACUGUCAGGGCUUCACCCAGUCCAGAGGGACAUUGUGAGAGAUCCAGUCCAUCUCCACCUGCUCAGCGCAGGCAGCAGUCACUGGCCCACAGUAGCAAACCCUUCCAUCGAGUGUCUCACAGCCCGGAGCAACGCAACAAUCAGAGACCUUCUCAGAGUCCCCAUGCUGUGAGGAGAGUGUCUUCCAGGUCCAGGUCGGUUUCCCCAAGACCAGUGCCUCAGAAACGGCCGGCUGCCUCGCCCUCACCGACUUGCUUCGCUAGUUUGUCCCCACCGCCAGCCAAAAAGCCCAGCAGUGGAUCUGGCAGCCAAUCUCCAAACAAGAAUUCAGAUGUUGAUGUGACUGGGAAGAAAAAGAAGAAGAAGAAGGAAAAGAAGCACAAGAAAGACAAGAAACAUAAGAAGCACAAGAAGCACAAGAAGAAGAGCAGUAGCAGUGUAGCUGGAGAUGUUCAAGAGAACCAGGGCGUGGCCGAGGACGGGGAUUCGAGGAAGGAAACAGAGAGUGAAGUAGAAGACGGUUUGGAUGACUUGGAGAAACACCUGAGGGAGAAGGCGCUUCGCUCCAUGAGGAAGGCUCAGGUGUCUCCUUCACUGACGUCCUGAAAACAAGUAGCAAUCAUCUUGAGUUUUCCACUCCCCUUUCUCACCAUGUUUGUCCUCAGCCCGGUCCAGCUUUAGAAUGUACAGAUUAUUUCUGGAGGUUUUUUUUUUUUUUCUCUUCUUCUUACAGCUUGUAUUCCGCGUGGAUUUCCUUCAGAGCUUGACUACUUCCUUUGUGUGUUAUCCGAACUGUAACGGCGCUUUUGUUGUCCUCACUUAAGUGUUUGUGCAGAAGAAAAUGCAUUUUUGAUUUGGGUAAGUUUUGAACAUUCACCACAGUCCAUUUCAGAGUUGAUUGCAUGUGCAGUGAUUGAUGUGCAUGAACCCCAUCGACUUUAACGGAGCGCCGACAAACGCUAACCUCCAGUAACGUACCGUUACAGUGCCGCUGCCGCAAUGAGUGCUGUUUAAGAGGCUGUAACAGAAUGGAACAUGUAAUAGACGUGUUUGGUAUUGUUUAACCUUGCUGUUAUUUAAGACUAAAACAGUCUGGCUUGAGAUAGAGACCACUUUAAUUUGUUUCGGACUGGUUAAUGCCCAGUUUUAUCUUGAUGCUCUUGAAUUAAACUGUUCUGUAGGACAGCCAUGAUUUGUAUUUUGUGCCCCUUGCUUUGGCAUUGUGAAAUCCUUUCAAAAUUAAACAUUUUUUUAUGUUCUGUUUUCUUU